CCAGCUACCUCUCCAUCCGUCGCAUUGAGGACGAUGCAGUCAUCACUGUGGACGGCAAUCUGCGCUCGGUCGGCAACAUGUGGGCGGCGGGGCAGCGGAUCUUCGUCGUCCCCCUGCUGGCGAACGCUACCUACGAGGUCAACGUAGGGUUACCGAGUAAUAACCAGGCGUUCUUCCCGUCCAACAUCACGGUGCAAGUGCGCGACAGCAACGGGUGCGGAGGGCCGGUGACUCUGAGGAUCCCGGCAAGGCAGAGCAACCAGUGGGCGAUCAACGAGGAACAGGAUGUCAACUGGAAGUGAGUGGGUGGUACUUGUGCUGGUACUUGUGCUGGUACUUGUUGUGGUCCUUGUGGUGGUACUUGUGGUGGUGCUUGUGGUGGUCCUUGUGGUGGUACUUGUGGUGAUGCUUGUGGUGGUACUUGUGGUGGUACUUGUGGUGGUACUUGUGGUGGUACUUGUGGUGGUACUUGUUGUGGUACUUGUGGUGGUACUUGUGGUGGUGCUUGUGGUGGUGCUUGUGGUGGUGCUUGUGGUGGUGCUUGUGGUGGUGCUUGUGGUGGUGCUUGUGGUGGUGCUUGUGGUGGUGCUUGUGGUGGUGCUUGUGGUGGUGCGACUGUGUGUUGAUGGUAUGAGGGGCUGGGCCGGACACGUUGAUGAUUCCCGCCAGGCAGAGCAACCAAUGGGCGAUCAACGAGGAGCAGAAUGUGAACAGGAA